AUGGCCCAGCGCCUGGGGCUCCUGCUGGUGCUGCUGUGUGUCUGCCCGCCUCACCCCCUGGACGGUGUUCCCUAUGAAGAUGACUCCCCACCACCUGAAGAUUCUACAAUUCAAUUUCCAGAAGUAGAGGAUGGUGAAUGUGUCUUUCCAUUUUGGUAUAAAAAUCAACUAUUCUACGACUGCAUCAAGUACGGUAUGAGGCACAAGUGGUGCUCCCUGAAUAAGACCUUCGAGGGCCACUGGAAGUACUGCUCCGAGACAGACUUCGCGCCCUGCGUGUUUCCCUUCUGGUACGAGCGUUUGAUCUACUGGGAGUGCACGGGUGAUGGCGAUGACUUUGGGAGAAAAUGGUGUUCGCUGACCAAGAAUUACAACAAGGACCGGGCCUGGAAAUACUGCUGACCCUGGUGAGAUUCACCGGAAGAGGAGGCGGGAGCUCAAUCUUUCUCAUUGGAAAUAACUUACAGAUUGACUGGGAGAGGGAGAAUGUGGGAUCCUCUUUAAAAGAUUCUUUUUUUCCUGGGAUGUGAAUUGUAGGUGAUCUGAUUAUAAAUUACUCGGUGUUUUA